AAUGAAUGAUAUAGCAGUAACUACCGAGAAAGCAGAUAGGAUAUGGUACUAUCUAAACCUUCAGAUCCAACCGGAACCAAUAUCUGAUUCUAAUCUUGUCCAAGCUUACAAUGCUGUUGCAAUUGACUUGAUCACUUGGAGACUCUUUAUAUCCACAGCGUUGAACAAGCUAUAUGGAUUGAUAGGCGAGUCCACUCCUUAUGACAUAAUAGCGACACCUACUGACAAGUCAAUUAUAAUAAGAACAUACUACGAAGACAUCGAUAAGUUUGUUACAGCAUUGAUGGCAUACACUUUUAACUUGGGAAAAGAUACUCAAGUUGAUAUUAAUUGUUAUAUUAAAGUUAGUAAACGAGGUGAGUUUAUAGGUUUGGUUGUAUAGGUUUUAAUACUAUUGUUCUAUAUUGG